AUGACAAAUUUCAGCAACAAAAUAAAAAUUGCAAUACUUGGGAGACAUCAAGUUGGUAAAUCAGCCAUAACCGUUCGUUAUCUGACGAAAAGGUUUAUUGGAGAAUAUAGUUCAGCACACGAUUUCCUGUACAAGCAUAGUGUAAAUUUCGAAGAAAAUCAUGUUCCUGUCGAGAUUGAAAUUUUGGACACAUGCAGCAACGGCUGCUCAUACGAUGACGUUAUCCGAUGGGCAGAUUCAUUCCUUGUCAUUUACUCGAUUGUUGAUCGAGACUCAUUCCAUGAAGCUGAGAAGUUGUUAAAGAAAAUAUCAAAGCUUAAACUUCCGUCUUAUUAUACCGCACUUAUGUUGGGUAAUAAAAAUGAUUUGGAGCAUUCAAGAACCGUCUCAGUAUCAGAAGCCCAAGAGGUCUCAUUAAAUUAUAAUUGUCAAUUUCUUGAGGUGUCAGCAGCGGAAUCAUAUUCAGGCGUUCAAUUGGCAUUCCAUUCAUUAUUAAAAGAAACUCGAUCGUCACAAUUGCAUCGAAAUUUGCCAAUACGGAGAAAACUUGGGGUCAAUAGCGUCUCAAAAGCAUUGGGAAAUAUUUUUGGGAAAAAUAGCAAAGCAGAUCGAAAGAGACCAUCGCUCAGCAUAUGA